AUUUGUCGCUAGGCACUUUUUUUGGAAAAAAAAAAAUAGUCGCUAAGUUGGCAACACUGGUCUGCACUGACAGCUAGAUAAAAGGCAGGCUAAGCUCCGCCUCUCCCCAGCAAAAAGAAAAUACAGAGGGAGAGGGAACGUGGGGUUUUUCAUUUAUGCACAUUCUAUUUGAAAAGCAAACCGAGUACCCAAAUGAUGCCCUGUCUGUGUUUUUUUUUUCUUGAAAACAAUUUGCUUCCCCCUUCCAAUCUCUCUGCGCCCCCCUAAUUGAAAACCACUGAAUUAAAGGUUAAAUAAAUCUCCAUUGCUGCGAGUAGUCCAGGGGGUGCACUGGUCUCAUUUUCUAUACCGUGUUAAACAUCUGAGUAUCAGUCAAUAUCCAAAACCGAUAUGUUAUUAAUAACUGUAUUUCUGGGAAAGUCACAGGUGUGAUGCUGACAUGCAAUAAAAUUUGUGUCCUCUGUUCUCAUGUAGGGUGGCACGGAGGUGCAGUGGUUAACGUUGCUUCUCACAGCUUCAGGGUUUGAAACUGAGCUCGGGUUAUUGUCUCCCCCGUCCUUGUGGAUUUCCUCUCGGUUCUUCAAUUUCCUCCCAUUCCAUAAAACAUGCUAAUAAGGACACUUUGCUAUGGAUCACAGCUGGUUGGUGGCAUCAUUUCAAGAAAAACAGCCAACUCCUCACAGCUCGGCAAGAGUCUCCUGCUCUUCUCAGCUCAGCUCAGUCACUGCCGGACAGUGCUGCGCUUGUUCGAUGACCUUUCUAUGGCUGCUUACUCACGGAGCUACGGUCUAGGAUCCACGGAGGAGGACAAGGUGCAGCGGUGCAUGUCGGUGCUGAUUAACGUUGCAGAUCAGCUGUAUUAUCCGUGUGAACAUGUAGCCUGGGCAGCUGAUGCACAGCUCAUUAAAGUCAAGUCUGACAAAUGGUGGACACUGAGCACCAUUCUGUGGGGUGUGUCUUUACUUCUGGGCACUCUCAGAUCGCUCAGAAUAAUCCGGAAAUUAAGGAAGAAGGUGCAGAAAUGCAGAGAAGCAGGACAAGGGGAUAGCAGGGAAAAAACUGCUACCACCACUGCUGAGAUUCAAAAGCAGAUUUGGGGAGAGUUUCUUAAUAUUCUUAGCAGCCUGGCAGAUCUGAGCAACGCUAUUCAUUGGAUGCCACCUGGAUUUCUUUGGGCCGGUCGCUUCCCUGAUUGGCUGGUGGGACUAAUGGGGACCGCCUCCUCCCUGCUUGGCAUGCUGCACAUGAGUUCCAGCGAUUAAAGUGCCAGUGUCUGACAUGAUGAACUGUUGGGACCUGAAUGAAUGUCUUUUUUUAUUUUUAUUUUUUUCAUAGAAGCUACAUAUUUCCAUUCAGAUUCUUGUUAGGGUUUACAUGGAGAUGAACGCUUCACAAUGAUUUCACAUAACACUAUAACAGGUACAUGACCUGUUCUUACAUAAUGUAUACAGUAUAUAAUUAUGUAAUUAUAUAAUUAAGAGACAGAUUGUACAGUAAAGGAAAUAUAGCCCUUUAGGUAAAGGAUGUACACUGAACAAAUUGAUCAGCUACAAUUAAAAACAAACAAAACAAAACAAAAAAAUCUAUUUAUAUGUAAAUAAAAUUGAAAUAAUUGAGUACUUCUGUAUUUUCUUAUGGCUUUAUUAAUUUCCUUUCACAAAUAAUUGUGUAUUUAUUUCGAUAUUUAUUUAUUUGUUUGUUUGUUUAUCACUGAUUGCUCAAUUAGAUUGCUUUUCAUAUUUAUUUAUUCAGAUUGGCUUCGCUGUCUUGCUAUAGCUGAAUGUGACCUUAACUGUACAGAAAACUGAACAAAUACAACAACAACAAAAAAAGUAAAUAAGUCAAUUUAAAAAAUACAUUUAGGGAUUAAUAUAUAAAUACAGAACAUUUAAGUGAAAAUUAAUACCGAAAUAACAUCUCAAUGAGAAGAUAAAUACAGAAGGGAUUUGAGGAAACGCGUGACUACCG